AUGGGCCCGGCCGCGCUCGAGGCAACUAUAUUGUCGGAAUUGAUUUCCAAAUGGGAUUGCAUCGAGGGCUUCUCAACGGUGACGCUGGACACGCUCAAAAGCUCACGUCGUGCUGCCAUGUUCCAAAAAGAUGAGUUCGCUCCGGAAAAUGUGGUGAAGCCUACCCGCGAAGUGACAACGGCUACAGACGCUGCACUGUUGUGGAGUUUCCGUCACUACACGAUCUACGUGGAGGGAUACCUGCUACAACCUGACCUCAACCGGGCCCUGAGGCCAAUUGUCGAGCUCGAUGACUCUUAG